GGAGUUGCAAAUCCUGGAGAACUCAUAGCUAUAAUGGGAGCCAGUGGAGCAGGUAAAUCGACUUUGAUGAAUAUACUUGCCCAUCGAAAUCAAGGAAAUUUAACUGUGACGGGAACAGUGCUUCUCAAUGGAGAGGAAGGGGGUACAGAUAUUGGCCAUGUCUCCGCCUAUGUGCAGCAGGAGGAUCUAUUUGUUGGCACCUUGACUGUCAAGGAACAUCUUAUUUUUCAUGCUUUGCUAAGACUUCGUCGUUCUUACACUACAGCACAAAGGGUGGAAAGGGUAGAAAAUGUCAUUCAGGAAUUGGGUCUGGCCAAAUGUUCUGACACGUUGAUUGGAAUACCAGGGAAGACCAAGAGCUUAUCAGGUGGAGAGAAAAAGCGCUUAUCGUUUGCAUCGGAGAUUCUCACAAAUCCUCCUCUGCUGUUUGUGGAUGAGCCAACGUCGGGUCUUGAUUCAUUUCAUGCAGAGAAUGUAGUCAGUGCUCUACGAGGGAUGUCUGUUACUGGACGGACAAUCCUUUGUACUAUUCAUCAGCCAGCAUCAGAGGUCUAUGCCAUGUUUGAUCGGUUGCUGCUUCUUGCAGAAGGGAGAACUGUAUACUUGGGUAAAAGAAAAGAAGCAGUUGCACACUUUGAGAACUUGGGCUACAAAUGUCCAGAGAAUUACAAUCCAGCUGACUUUUUUGUUCACACACUGGCUAUCAUUCCCACAAAGCAAAAAGAGUGCAGACAGAGAGUCAAAACAUUGGCUGAUGCGUUUAGAAGUAGACAGAAUGCCUCAGAGUUACAGCAAUCAGCAAAUGAACAAUCAACGGAACCUCCAAAAAUUCGGGAAGAACUGCGUGCAGAGAAAGGGUUCAAGGCAACUCUUCUUACCCAGUUCACUGCUCUCUUUCGUCGAGCGUGGAUUACAAACAUUAGGGAGCCAAACCUUCUAAGAGUCAAGUUUGUUCAAACUUUGUUCACUGCUAUUCUUGUUGGGCUUGUGUAUCUUCAAGUUGGGAGAAAAACGGAGCAAGUUCAAAACAUCAAUGGAGCUCUCUUUUUCUUUGUUACUCAAAUGUCUUUAACAAACAUGUUUAGUGUCAUACAAGCUCUUCCACUAGAGAUGCCUGUAUUCCUGCGAGAGAGAGGAAACAAAAUGUAUCGUAUAAGCCUCUAUUUCUUAUGCAAGACACUUUCAGAGGUUCCAUUUAACAUUGGUCUUCCACUUUUCUUUGUAAUUCCUGCAUAUUGGAUGAUCGGCUUGAAAGAAACAGCCAGCAGCUUUUUCUUUUGCUACCUGAUUCUCGUUUUCGUUGGAGAUAUAUCUCAAUCAGCAGGUUACAUUGUAUCAGCAAUGUCAUCAACAGUACCUGUUGCUCUAGCCCUGGGUCCAGCUUUCGUCAUGCCGUUUUUGUUGUUUGGCGGGCUAUUCAUUAAAAGCUCAGAAAUACCAGUGUACUUUGAUUGGAUCAGAUAUAUUAACUGGUUCUAUUACGGAUUUGAGGGACUGGUCAUUAACGAAUGGCGUGACACAGACGUUGCAUGCAGCAUCAACACUGUCGGGUGUCUACCCAAUGGAACCGUCGUCAUUGAGUCCCUUGGCUUUAAAGAGGAGCAUUUUCGGCUCGAUUUGGUUCUACUUGGUGUUCUAAUCGUUGCUGCUCGACUGAUUGCCUACAUUGUCCUGCGCAUUCGAGUUUUGCUCAGUAAAACAUGACAAGCAAGGGAUGGUUAGUUGUAACAACACUAUGUACUCCUGCAUAAAUACAUUCAUUAAUACAACUAAU